AUGGAAACGAACAAAUCAAUGCGAAGACUGUCAUCAACAAACGGACAGUGGCAACGUGGAAGUUAUCGUUUUCAAAGUGAAAGAAGGAAACGAAAACGACGGAAGCCUUGGAGCGAGAAGAUAUGUGACUGGAGCAGGGCACUGAUAGCCUUCCUCUUCAGUAACGUUGGCAUAGUAUGCUUGCUCGUAGGUUAUACUAUAGUCGGUGCUUUCCUGUUCACUUAUAUUGAGGCCAAAGACAGCUUGGACAUAUCCGGUGAAGUCGUCAAGCAAAGAAACAUCACGGCUGCUAAACUUUGGGACUUGACCUCGAAGGAGAACAUAUUCUCUGAAAGAUUAUGGAAAAAAGAAGUUAGGAAUAUAUUAGAAAGGUAUCAACAAAAAAUGGUGAAAAAUAUACGAAACGGUUAUGAGGUUGUUAAUGAGGAACAUAAAAAGUGGACUUUUGCUGGAGCAUUUCUGUACUCUCUCACUGUCAUUACGACUAUUGGAUAUGGGAACAUUUGUCCUAGAACAAAAUGGGGUAAAUUGUGUACAAUAAUAUAUGCCAUAAUUGGUAUGCCAUUGUUCCUUCUUUAUUUGAGCAACAUAGGUGAUAUUUUUGCAAGAAGUUUCAAGUGGAUUUAUGCACGUUGUUGUCUUUGCAAGUAA